AUGGCGCUGAAUAUGAAGGCAAAGGAGCUGGUGCGUGAGCUGCAGCGCAGCGACUGGUUGCCGCCGUACAAUGAGGAUCUCGUACGACAAGUGGUGGAGGAGUCGGGGAACACGUACGUGGCGUGCGGCCUCGUUGUGAAUCACCAGUGCUUGCUGCGCAACAAGCGCUGUCUCAUUGCAUAUCUACAUCACCGUAUCGAAAAGAUUAAGGCCCUGCGGUGGGAAACGGGCACCAUUAUGCCCGCCCAACUAGCCCAGAAUUUAUGCCAGCGCGAAGUGCAGUUCUUCAAUCAGUACGACCAGCUUCUGACGGACUACAUGGCCGACUUUGAGCUCGACCUCUCAGCGGACAUGAAGCCACCCAAGGAUCUGUAUGUGGAAGUGCGAGUGCUGCGCGACUGCGGCGAGGUCAUGACCGAGAGUGGGCUGGUGAAUCUGGAGGCUCACUCGCAGCAUUUCCUGCGCCGCGUGGACGUGGAGCAGCUCAUUCGCCAGGGAUUGCUGGAACAGAUCAAGCGUUGAUCUCACUUGCACUCUUUACAUAAAUGCAAAAAUCUUUUCCCUCCA